AAGACUGUAAGAGAGUGAGAGGGAAGAAGCACUUCCCCUAUCUAUUUAUAGACUACUCAUAAACUCAUCCAUUGCUUCCCUCCACACCACCAAGAGCUAGCUCUCCAUAACAAUGGCGUCCGAGAAGAUCGAGACCAUUAUCGCCGGAAGCUACUUAGAGAUGGAAAGGGAAGAGGGUAGUGAUUCCAAGGCUUCUACUAAGAGCAAGCUAUCCACAUUUCUCUGGCAUGGAGGCUCCGCCUAUGAUGCAUGGUUUAGCUGUGCUUCUAACCAGGUCGCUCAAGUGCUUCUGACACUGCCAUACUCAUUUUCUCAGCUGGGUUUGUUAUCUGGGAUUCUAUUUCAGCUUUUUUAUGGGUUGAUGGGAAGCUGGACUGCUUACCUUAUCAGUCUACUGUAUGUUGAGUACAGAACUAGAAAGGAGAGAGAAAAGGCCGAUUUCAGAAACCACGUAAUUCAGUGGUUUGAAGUUCUUGAUGGACUUCUGGGAAAGCACUGGAGGAAUUUAGGCCUCUUUUUCAACUGUACUUUUCUUCUCUUCGGAUCUGUAAUUCAGUUGAUUGCUUGUGCAAGUAACAUCUACUACAUAAACGACAAUCUUGACAAGAGAACUUGGACGUAUAUCUUUGGAGCUUGCUGUGCUACAACUGUCUUCAUCCCUUCAUUUCAUAAUUACAGAAUUUGGUCAUUCUUGGGUCUUAUUAUGACUACCUACACUGCAUGGUAUCUUACCAUUGCUUCCCUUAUCCAUGGACAGGUUGAAGGAGUGAAGCACUCAGGUCCAACCACGAUGGUUCUCUACUUCACUGGAGCUACCAACAUUCUCUACACUUUUGGUGGACAUGCUGUUACAGUGGAGAUUAUGCAUGCAAUGUGGAAGCCACAGAAAUUUAAAAUGAUCUACUUGAUGGCAACACUUUAUGUGCUGACCUUAACUUUACCAUCAGCUUCUGCUGUUUACUGGGCUUUCGGAGACGCCCUCUUGACUCAUUCCAACGCUCUCGCUUUGCUUCCGAGGACUAGAUUUAGAGACUCUGCUGUUGUUCUCAUGCUGAUUCACCAGUUUAUAACAUUUGGAUUUGCUUGCACUCCAUUGUAUUUUGUGUGGGAGAAAUUCCUGAGGGUUCAUGAGACCAAGAGCAUGUUGAAGAGGGCCCUUGCUAGACUUCCAGUGGUGAUCCCAAUUUGGUUCCUUGCAAUCAUAUUUCCAUUCUUUGGCCCCAUCAACUCAACUGUUGGAUCUCUUCUUGUCAGCUUCACUGUCUACAUAAUCCCUGCUUUAGCUCACAUGGUCACUUUUGCUUCUCCACAAGCCAGAGAGAAUGCUGUGGAGAAACCACCAUCUUUCUUGGGAGGAUGGGCAGGAUCAUACACCAUGAACAUCUUUGUGGUUGUGUGGGUGGCAAUAGUGGGAUUUGGAUUUGGAGGGUGGGCAAGCAUGCUCAACUUCAUACACCAAGUUGAUACAUUUGGUCUGUUCACCAAGUGCUACCAAUGCCCACCUCACAAAGCUUGAGUAGAGAGAUUCCUCCUACUUUUCAGAAAGUUAUCUUAACAAUUUUAAAGAUACAUAUGUAAGUGUGUAAAGAGAUUGGCAUUUGUAACCCUUUACUUUCUUAAUUACUUGAUUUGUAUUUCUUUUUCCCUCUGUAGCUUCGUUUUAUUUGUAAGAUGUUCUUGUUGAUGGGUUUUGAGAAGACACCAGUGAUGAGUCAAUUAUCAUGGCCGCCCUUAUACA